CCAGAAAGAAACGGAAGAAGAAAAAAGAAAAGGACAAAGACUUUGAUCAAGAUUUUCAGUUCUCUGGUUCGGAUGACGAGGGACAUAUGAAUGGCUGGAAUCUUGAGGAAACUGUUGCACACUUGAGAAAGGAGGCUGUGGUAAGUUUCUGCAAUAUAUUUCCAGUGAAUUUAGUUAUUCCAAUAUUAGACAAUAGCUGUCACCUCAAUAGCUGUGUGACAAUAGCUGUCACCUCAAUAGCUUUUCACCUCUCAAUAGCUGCAACAUUCAUCAACCUGACACCCCAUUUUCUCACCAUGAUCCUAAAUACUUGCAGACACUAAAAGUCUUCAUUCUUUCUUUUACUGUUUCUCACAGCUAUUCAUAUAAAGUUUAGUAAGCCAGAACUUAAUAGUGGUCUAAAGGCAUCGAAAUAAUUAAAUUGUUUUUCCAUAAUUUAUUUGUUUGUAAAUAUACUGUGGGGUAUUUGUUUGUAAAUAUACCUCAUAAAGUGUUUCAAUAUGAAAAAACUCUGCAGUAUUUCAUAAAGUUUUCAAAAAUUUUGUUCCCUAAAAAUCAAUACUGCUGCAAAAAAGUCAAACUACAGCAAUUGCCGGAAGUGUCAUGAUAAAAACCCAGCCCUGGUCUCAUUGGUACCGGUAAUGUAUUCCUCAAUAUAAGUCCUUCUUUUCCACAUAGGAACCAACCAUAAGUUUAGGUACACGGAUCAGUGAAAUGAGACAAAAAAGAAAAGAUGAAAAGGUACUGCAACAAGUCAACAACAGACUCUGUGUAAAGUUACCUCUUUAUUAUAUAAUUGUAUUAAUUUGUCUUAUACUCAUUUGCAAUACAUGUGGAAUGAUGGAUAAAUAGAAAUGCAAUAUUUUUCUCAGAAAGCUGUAGAUGUUGAAGAAGAAAAAGAAAUGCAGGCAACAUCGGCGAACUAUGAAAGUUCCGAAAGCGAAGGUCCUGACUUUGAUGACGAUGAUGAUGAUGAAGUUGAUAAAAAUUCAUCAAGAAAAAAGGUAUACUUUUGAAAUGUACCUGACAGUAACUUCUAUGUGUCUAGAAGAUAGGGUGAGGCAGUCAACCCAUUAAGCGCCAGCGCUCUCCCCUUGACGAGUAAAAUUGUCUGGCGUUAGACAGAGUAAAAUACUAAAGUAGGGUGCAUCAGGGUGCAAUGCGACUCAAUGGGUUAAGCGAUAAACAGGGAAAACCCAAUGUUUUUCUGAAAACCAUUUCAACCAAGGCAAAAAAUUUGGAAAAAAUUAACUGUUUGAAAUUCACUAAUAUUGAAACAAAAUUAUAUUAAUUCCACAUAUUUGUGCAAAGUCAGUCACAUAUUCUGGAUCAAUAUUUGACACUGUUAAAAGGUGGCCUUUUAUAUGUCAAAUUUUGACCUUAGAACCUUUACUGUACAUCUUUCUCCAAGUGUCUCCACAGUGCAAGAAAUGUUUCAGUCAGAUAUUCCAUUGAUGUCCCUUGAUUAUCCAUUUCAGCCAAAGAAGGACGACUUUUUUGAAGAAGGACCUACUCAGUUUUCUGACCUGAAAUUCACUGAUAUGAAUUUAUCCAGACCUAUAUUGAAGGUGG